GACGUCGGGGCGUCGCGACGAGCCGAUUGGCCAGGGUUUGGAGGACUGCCCGGGCCGGGGCGGGGAGGAGGUGGCCCGUCCCCGUCGCUGGGCCGGGCUGGGCCGAGUUGAGCGUCAACGCUGUCCGCUGGGGGACCGGUGCCCGAGUUCGAGCUGCGGCCGCCGCCGCCGCCGCCAUGCGCUGGGUCCGCGCGCUGCUGAAGAAUGCGUCCCUGGCAGGGGCGCCCAAGUAUAUCGAACACUUCAGCAAGUUCUCCCCGUCCCCGCUGUCCAUAAAGCAGUUUCUGGACUUUGGGUCCAGCAAUGCCUGUGAGAAAACCUCAUUCACCUUCCUCAGGCAGGAGCUGCCUGUGCGCCUGGCCAACAUCAUGAAAGAGAUCAACCUGCUUCCAGACCGAGUGCUGAGCACACCCUCGGUGCAGCUGGUCCAGAGCUGGUAUGUCCAAAGUCUCCUGGACAUCAUGGAGUUCCUGGACAAGGACCCUGAGGACCAUCGUACCCUAAGCCAGUUCACUGAUGCCCUGGUCACCAUCCGGAACCGCCACAACGACGUGGUGCCCACCAUGGCACAGGGCGUGCUUGAGUACAAGGACACCUACGGCGACGACCCGGUCUCCAACCAGAACAUCCAGUACUUUCUGGACCGCUUCUACCUCAGCCGCAUCUCCAUCCGCAUGCUUAUCAACCAGCACACCCUGAUUUUUGACGGCAGCACCAACCCAGCCCACCCCAAACACAUCGGCAGCAUCGACCCCAGUUGCAAUGUCUCCGAGGUGGUGAAGGAUGCCUAUGAUAUGGCCAAGCUCCUGUGUGACAAGUAUUACAUGGCCUCGCCCGACUUGGAGAUCCAGGAGAUCAAUACAUCCAACUCCAAACAGCCCAUUCACAUGGUCUAUGUCCCCUCCCACCUCUAUCACAUGCUUUUUGAACUCUUCAAGAAUGCCAUGCGUGCAACCGUGGAAAGCCACGAGUCCAGCCUUGUCCUCCCACCUAUCAAGGUCAUGGUGGCCUUGGGUGAGGAAGAUCUGUCCAUCAAAAUGAGUGACCGAGGUGGGGGAGUCCCCCUGAGGAAGAUCGAGCGACUCUUUAGCUACAUGUACUCCACGGCGCCCACUCCCCAGCCUGGCACCGGAGGGACCCCACUGGCUGGCUUCGGGUACGGGCUCCCUAUCUCCCGCCUCUAUGCCAAGUACUUCCAGGGAGACCUGCAGCUCUUCUCCAUGGAGGGCUUUGGGACCGACGCCGUCAUCUAUCUCAAGGCCCUGUCCACGGACUCGGUGGAACGCCUGCCCGUCUACAACAAGUCAGCCUGGCGCCACUACCAGACCAUCCAGGAGGCUGGCGACUGGUGUGUGCCCAGCACAGAGCCGAAGAACACGUCCACGUACCGUGUCAGCUAAGGGCCGCCGGACUCCCCUGCACCGGAGGGGAGAGACUGCUGUCUCCGGGACUGACCACCACGGUGCCCCUCCUCAUCCCCCCCAGGUGGGGAGUGGCUCUCCCUGACGACCAGCUUCUGUCUCUAUGGAAAUCUCUGCGGUGACCAGUCUGUGGUCUAAGUGCCAAUCUCCGUCUCCACGCAGACCCCUUGGUGGUCUCCCUGCUGUUCAGUCUCUGUGGGCGAUGCCUAAGGUUGGGGGACAUCUCUAUCCUGAUGCGGGGGGGGGAGUCCCCAGAGCCAUGUUUCCAUGGCAGUCCUCCUUCUGAGACCAGAGCUGCCACUUUUCUGCCAGGGGUCCAGGGUCCCCCUCACUGCCCUCCACAGCCCUGGCCUUCCAAGUGGACACUCUGCUCGCCUUAUCCCCCGGCCCGUGCAGGCACCCAGGCCCUGGCCCCGGGUCAGUGUUAGCAAGGGGCUGGAUGUCCCUGGGUAGAGAAGGGGGUUGCACCCUCAGGCCCCUGGCUGGGGACCUGGUCCUGCA